UGACACCUCUGGGCUCUCUCCAAGGUCCAACCCUACGCUUAUUAGAGAGAUCCCAAAACUUGAAGUGCAGUCACUGAGUAGACCUGCUUAGGAUUGCACUGCUGGUCUACCCACCGGUUGGGGUGGGGGGGCUGCCAAAAGCCAGGGCUGCACUCGUGACCCCCCCAUCCAAGGAUACUGCCUCAGGAAAAUUGCCCGCAUUCCCUCUGCCGAUUUCCAAAUCGGGCCCCUGCUUUGUUAGCCCCGAUCCCCACUGAUAAAUUCCCCUUUCGGCCUUUUAUAAGGAAGCCUGAAGAGGUCAGAUUUCUGGUGAAAAGAAGCUUGGGAGGAGGGGGGUGCCCAGUUUGGCCCCGGUCCUGGCCAGCUCCGACCCUCGUCGCUCAGGGAAUGCCUUUCCUACACUCCCGUCGCUGGCCUCUGCCCGCUCUUUCUCUGCCCAUCUUUGAGUUUCGUGGGUGGCUUGUGGGACGUACUCCCUCUCUUCUAAGUUGGCGUGUAUCUUGGCUUCCAAAGCCAGCCUUUGCCAGUCUUGGGGAAGGCACCAAAGCCGCCUCCUACGGUGCCUUGAUCUUGGGCUGUGAUCCUGUUACCGCCUGGUGCCCUUUGCCACCAUGGCGGCCAAAUGGUUUAAAGAAUUCCCCUCCAACCUGAAAACUGUUUCAGAACGCACCAAACCCGGCAGCACCAACAUGGGCAAACUAAGCGGCGCCUCCCGCAAGAGCCUGGCUCUGGCCGAACCGGGCACGGCUUCGCUGCCCGGGAAGAACCACAAAAACUCUGCCACCGAACUGGGCACUGCCCGGACGCUGCUUGCACCGGGGAAAGAUGGCGGAGGUGGCAGGCUGUCGCGAGACAACCUCCAAGGCCUUCUGCAAGCCGCCGCAGGAAAGAUGCGCAAGAAUUCGCGAGUGGACGGGGCACCCGCAGAAGAGCUGGGACGGGGGGCACCCAAGGGCAAUGCCACCUGCGGGACCUACAUCGGUCGACUCAUCAAAGUGGACGCCCACGACAAGAAUGGGAAAAACUAUCCCGGCCGUGCUCCAAGCCCCACUCCUGCACCCGUACCUGAACCAGAGAAGGCCAAACAGGAUACGGUUAUCAUCUUGGAAGAUUAUGCCGACCCUUAUGAUGCCAAACGCACCAAAGGGCAACGAGAGGCUGAGAGACUGGGGGAAAAUGACGGCUACAUGGAACCUUAUGAUGCCCAACAGAUGAUCACCGAAAUCCGGAGGCGGGGCUCCAAGGAUCCUCUGGUCAAAGCCAUCCUACUCCUAGAUGAGCCAACAGAACCGGGGCCCAAGGGAGAUCCUAACAUCAAGCGCCAAGCGGCCAAAGCCCCACAGCUAUACGACACCCCCUAUGAGCCCGCGGAGGCAGCUGGCCCCAAGCCGGAAGCCCGGCUGCCAGAAAACGAUGAACGGCCACCAGCUGAGUACGAGCAGCCUUGGGAGUGGAAGAAGGACCAGAUUGUGAAAGCUCUUUCAGUCCAGUUUGAGAACUCGGAACGACCCGCCGCGUCCAAAGAAGAGGCACAAGCCCCACCGCGCCAACAGCAUCACCGCCAGAGGAGCUGGCCCUCCAAGAUGGUGAAGCCCACGGUGGCCGCAGAGCUUGGCCCUGACACAGAGCUUGUGGAUCCUGCCCUAGCCCUGGAGAAACAGCCUUGGUUUCACGGUGCUAUCACACGAGCGGAAGCUGAGAGCCGGUUACAGCCAUGCAAGGAAGCAGGAUACUUGGUGCGGACCAGCGAGACGGGCACCAGCAAAUACUCCAUUGCGCUGAAGACAAGCCAGGGCUGCGUUCACAUCAUUGUCGCCCAGACGAAAGAUCACAAGUAUACCCUCAACCAGACGGGCGGCCUUUUCGACAGCGUCCCCGAGGUGGUGUGCUACUAUUCCACCGAGAAACUGCCUUUCAAAGGCGCUGAGCACAUGACCUUGCGGCACCCAGUUCCAAUCCCCGGCAAGAACCACUAGCCCUGCGCAUUAGAACUGGUUGGAGAAAUGGCAGGGCAGAUGUACCUUGAUGCUCACGUUCCACCCACAGAACAACCACGGAUCAUGGCCGUCUUCCUCCUCACGUCGCCCAAAAUACAAACUUGUCACCGCCCUCUUCCCUUCCUUGCUCGAGAGCUGGGAAUCGCUGCCACCUUGCUGUUUUGUGCAUUUCUCUUCUAGUUAAUCUUGUUCUGACGGUGAUUAAAAUGGGAGGGGGCCCUGUC